CCCGCCGCUCUCCAGCAGCUGCCCGCGGUGGUGCAGACGGGCGCGGCCUGAGCGGGAGGGCACGGCUGGAAUCUGCCUCCUGCCCUGAGAGCCACAGCUUCCGGCCGCCUGUGGGGGCGGUUGGGGAGGAUCGCCAGCUCCAGAGGGGAGCAGGGGCAUGGGCCCGGGCUGGGUUCACUGGCACCCCUGGGCUGGGGCAAUGGUAGCUGUAGAACUAGGGGGCGCCGGCCAAUGGAGCCCUCCUGAGCAGCCUCCAAUGUAGGGCAGAGCCGAGCUCCCCUGCUCCAGGGGAGCUCUGGGGGUAGGACACGUGGUGCAGCCCCCUCCCCCGAGGUCCCCCCAGGCCCGCACCGUAUUUGUUGCCGUCCUCCCCAUUGGCACGGACCCGCUUGCCCAGGACCUGCAGGUGCCCGCUGCUGCUGCGGCUGUACAGCUGGUAGACACGGACGUGCCGGCGGCUCACCUCGUCCAGGUGCUGUGUGCGGUUCUCCACGUAGAGGCGGAAGUCGGCCGCUGUCUGGUGAGACUCCUGCAGGGAAAGGCAGGUCUGGCUCCCCACUGCGGCUCUGGGGGUCAGGCCCCUCUGGAGGAGGGCUGGAGCAUGCUGAGCCCCUCGCAGCAUGAGGAGACGAAGGGCAGAUGUUGGCCAGGCCCUUAGCCUGUCUGUCCAGGGAGCCACGGGAGGGCCCUCCCAGCCAGGGACCUACCCAGCCCCAAACAGGUCUCUGUCCCCUCCUCCCAGGCAGUGUCUUUCUCCAGGGCCCUGCCCGAAGGGGGCCCCCCUUCCGUUCCUGAGCAGGCCCAUUGGCACAUGCUCCAUUUCCUGCCCCUCCUGCAGACUGGCCACCCGGGAUGCCAGGCCCGGGGAGUUCCUCUGGGACCCUGGUGUGGGGACUGGGACACUGGCCCAGCCGGGCCCAGGAACUCCAGCCGCUGCCCUGGCCUCUCCACCCAGCCAUUCUGCUCUGACUCUGGCCCUGUUUGCCUGGCAUGGUCAAGGCGGCCCCGCGUGCACUCGCCAAGUGCCGGGGUCUUGUCUCUGCCAGCCCCCGGGGUUACAGCUGCAUGACGCUUCCAGUGCCAACACCCCAUUCUCAGUGGCGAAAUUUCACCCAUUCAGGCCGAAAUUUCCCUGGCCCGGUGCCUGCCUCAGGCCACAUCCGCUGACACAGCUGAGCUGGGCGUCAUGUCUGUCCUCAGUUCUCCCUGGAGUGUCACAAACCUGGGGCUAUUUGGUGCUUUGCUUUAGCCCCAGCUGCUCGGGCAGGAGGUUGCGGAAAAUCUUGGCUUCCAUUUUCACAAAGGUGCCACGUUUGCAGACAGAAGCCGGAAAGCGGGACCGGAGCGUCUCCACCAGAAAACCCACCUGGUACUGUGGAAUAUCACCAGGGCACCUGCGUCGUAGUAGCGUCGCUGGCGGUCUCAAACACCGUCGGUUCCUCGGACAAAGUCAGCCCCCAGACUGCUGCAGUGGGCAGCACAGCAUGGGGAGAAGGUGACCAGCCCUCUGUGGAGAAAGAAGGGGUUCAGGGCUACUUAGAAAAACUGGACGAGCACAAGUCCAUGGGGCCGGAUGCGCUGCAUCCGAGGGUGCUACAGGAGUUGGCGGAUGUGAGUGCAGAGCCAUUGGCCAUUAUUUUUGAUAAUUCGUGGCAAUCGGGGGAGAUCCCAGACGAUUGGAAAAAGGCAAAUCUAGUGCCCAUAUUUUAAAAAGGGAAGAAAGAGAACCCAGGGAACUACAGACUCAUUUCAGUCCCCGGCAAAAUCAUGGAGCAGGUCCUCAAGGAAUCCAUUCUGAAGCACUUAGAGGAGAGGAACGUGAUCAGGAACAGUCAGCAUGGAUC